AUGAAGCCGCGGAUAAGUCGUUCGCAUGGCUGCUCAUCGAGUCGUCGGAUCACCGCCCUUACAGUCCUUUCCAUCCUCGCCACAUCGGUAGCCGCUCUUGAGCAGGCACCCGCAAUCGAGCCAUGGGUUCCGGCGCCCGUAGUACCAGAUGCACAGACGCAUGACUUUACACUGCGACACAUAUAUCAUCGCGGUACCUACCAGAAUCCGAAUUUGCACGUCAAGAGGGAUAUACAUGCUGCCGAGGAAGAGCACCCGCCCCCAAGAGUUUCAGUGAGAUCGAGGAAGACGCCUAUAGAGCGACUGGUCGACAGAUCACCCGCCAGUAUUGAGCAACACCUCAGUUAUGCGCGUCUCACAGGGCAGCCAGCUGCCCUCGGUGCAGAGGAUUGGACCAUAGACGAGGUGUCGGCGCCAGAUGUCACAAGCAAAGAUACCGUCAUAAACAUGGCCGUAAUGGCAGCAAAUGCUUACGUGCCAACGCCCUACGAGGGCGAAUGGGAGAAUGUUACUCAAGGCUACGAUAACAAUACAAACUUUGGCUGGCAAGGUGAUGGCCUUCGAGGCUACAUCUUUGCAGAUGACAAGAAUGAAACGAUCGUGAUCAGUCUGAAGGGCACCUCGCCUGCUGUAUUCGAUGGAGACGGCACAACGACACGGGACAAGAUCAACGACAAUUUGUUCUUCAGCUGCUGUUGCGGUGCGGGUGGUCAGUACUUCUGGCGGCAGGUCUGCGACUGCUAUGACAGCUCAUACACCUGCAACUCGACCUGUCUUGGUCAGGCUCUUCGACGCGAGAAUAGGUACUAUCGUGCUUCCAUCGAGCUUUACACGAAUGUGACCAAGAUAUACCCUGACUCAAACAUCUGGCUUGUCGGACACUCUCUCGGGGGCUCUGUCAGCAGUCUACUCGGUAUGACCUUCGGACGACCUGUAGUCACAUUCGAGGCACCCGGCGAUGACCUUGCUGCCAAACGACUUGGGCUGCCUCGACCUCCAACGGGAGACCCGAACAAAGCCUACAGACGUGCUUACACUGGCUCGGUACAUAUCGGCCAUACCGCUGAUCCAGUCUUCAUGGGAACAUGUAAUGGAGCUACUGCGACUUGUACUCUUGGAGGCUAUGCAAUGGAGUCACAGUGUCAUACCGGGCUGCAGUGUGUCUACGACACCGUCACGGAUCUGCGAUGGCGCAUCGGUAUUGGCAAUCACAAGAUUCAUAACGUCAUCGACAACGUCAUAAAGAAGUACGACAAGGUGCCGAAAUGUGUGCCGGACAAUGAGUGCGUGGAUUGCUUCAAUUGGAAGUACUUCGAGAGCAACGGUUCGGAUCCUACCACAACUAAAACGUCCACCACCACGACUUCGAACACUCGCACACGGACUUCAACAUGUAAGACACCCGGCUGGUGGGGAUGUCUCGACGAGACUACAACGCAGCAGAUCGUGACCACCACCUAUACAACGACGACGUGCGUUUCGCCAGGCUGGUUUGGCUGCAAUGAAGAGAAGAAUACUACAAUCACAACGACUACCAUUCCAGCGACAACGGAAGUGACCACCACCACGGACACAGCGACCACUCACACCGGAACAGUCUCUUCCACAGAUUGUGAGCAUCCGGGCUGGUGGGGGUGCAAAGAUCGAACACCAACAGCCACAGCGCCGACAACAAAGCAGACAAGCCAGCCAGAGACAUGCAAAACACCCGGCCUCUUCUUUGGCUGUCGAGAUCGCCACCAUCAUUCCAAGACAUCAAGCUUCCCCAUAACGUCUGCUCCGAGUUCCACAGCUGUCACUAGCAGCACGGCUACCGCGACGAGCUCAGCGCGAGAGCGGUGCAAGCAUCCUGCCUUUUUUGGUCUGAUAUGUUUGGACGAAGUGGAUGAUGAUCAAGUCGUUCUCAAAGGGGACGACGUUGCAGACGAAGAAUGGAACACGGAACUCUAG